AUGCAGCACGAGACUUCAGAGCCCCAAACCCGUCCCCGCUUCGGAUGUCUCGCGGGCGACUUGGCCGCCGCGACGAUCUCGGCGUCGGUGGUGGCCCCCGCCGUGACCAUCAUCGAUAGGGCCAUUGUGGAGAAGUCAUCGUUCAACCAACCGCUUUUCCGGGGCCUGCACGCCCACGCAAUGGUGGCACUCAAGAGACCUGCACCAUUUGUCUUCCAUCGUCCAUUUGGUAUCGCGUGGACACUCUAUGCAGCAACCUAUUCCGUGGCUAACGGAGCUGAUACCGUUGGCCGGGCACUGCAGCCGUCUGCAGUGGGGACGAUUGGAUUCCUAUCGACGACGCUGGUCAACGUGCCACUGGCCGUAUGGAAAGACUUGAGUUUCGCCCAAGCGUAUGGAAUAAAGCCAUCCACAACAUCAAAGAACCAGAUCAGCGCCAUGCAAGCAGCGUCCGUGCGAAACCCCGCGGUGCUGAGAGCCGCCACGGCUAUCUUUGUCGUGCGGGAUGGUGUUACCAUUUUUGGGUCUUUUACCCUGGCUCCCCGGCUGUCGGCUGCUCAUCCUCAAGCAAAGCCUGUCAUUACACAGCUGACAGUUCUGGUCUUGACCCAGCUGGUGGCAACCCCGAUCCACUUGCUGGGUCUCGACUUGUACACGCGGCAGAAGCGUGUCCCAUUUUCUGAUCGGCUUGUACAAUCCCAGCGAUAUCUGCCUUCGUCGAUAGUACUACGUUGUGUCCGCAUUAUCCCUGCCUUCGGGGUUGGGUGUCUUCUGAAUCUGGAGUUGCGGUCUUUUUUUCAUGCCAGGCUAUAA